AUGCAUCGACCGAUUCGAAUCGCCGUCCUUGAAUGCGACACUCCGCCAGAAAAGACAAACGUCAAAUACGACGGCUACUAUGGCGUAUUCUCGAAACUACUCCGCCGCAGUGCUGAAGCCUUAGGACAGUCUGAGCAGCUUGAUCCUGACUCUGGACUGGAGAUAUCCCGCUGGGACGUUGUCACAGAGCAGGCGUAUCCAGCGCUGGAAAGCGUAGAUGGAAUUGUACUGACAGGGGCAAAGCACAACGCAUUCGACAACACCCCAUGGAUCCUAAAAUUAGUUGAAUUCACAAGAACCGCCAUUCAAAACCCCCGCGUGAAACUUCUCGGAGUCUGCUUCGGUCACCAGAUCAUCGCCCGCGCCCUGGGUGCGCAAGUCAGCCGGAGCGCUGCUGGAUGGGAGAUUUCCGUCUGCGAAGUCAGCCUUACACCAGCGGGAAAGGAAUUAUUCGGACUUGAUACUCUUCAAAUCCACCAGAUGCACCGGGACAUUGUGUGUGCGUACCCGCCAAAUAUCAUUCCCCUGGGAGAAUCUCCUAUUUGUCAAGUGCAGGGGAUGUAUCUGCCCAGUCGUGUCAUUACGGUGCAAGGACACCCUGAGUUUAGUGAGGACAUUGCUGUGGAGGUUGUGACAUUACGAGGCGCCCAGGGCCUUUUCACCAAAGACCAGACUGAGGAUGGACUCGGCAGAGCAGGGAAGCCGCACGAUGGCGUUGCGGUGGGGAUGGCCUUUCUGAAACUGCUAAUUCAGUGA